UUGAGCAAACGAAACCAUCCUUUCAGAAACCAAGCAAGAGACAAAAAUGGGUUCUUUGGUUUCUGUAAUCCUCAUCAUCUUCUUUGUUCUCAGGUUUUCAGUUUCUUUAGCAAACUCAAGUUCAAUCUAUGAGAAUUUCCUCAAAUGUGCUACAAAUUAUUCUUCUGAAUCAGUAUCUGAACUUAUCUACACUCCUCAAAACUCAUCUUUCUCUUCUAUCUUGAAUUCUACAAUACAGAACCUUAGACUCCUUUCAUCUAAAAACCCCAAACCUCUUUUUAUUAUCACACCUACCCAUGAAUCCCACAUCCAAGCAGCUGUUAUCUGCUCUAAACAAUGUAAUCUGCAGAUCAAAGUCAGGAGCGGAGGCCAUGACUAUGAAGGCCUAUCUUAUCUAUCUAAUGCACUGUUCCUCAUUAUAGAUCUCCGUGACCUUCGGUCAAUAGAUGUCAACAUUGAAGAUGAGACCGCAUGGGUUCAGGCAGGAGCAACUAUUGGAGAGGUUUAUUAUCGAAUUGCAGAGAAAAGUAGGAUCCAUGGCUUCCCUGGAGGGGUCUGCCACAGUGUGGGCAUUGGUGGGAUGUUCAGUGGAGGUGGAAUAGGAACUAUGAUGAGAAAAUAUGGACUUGCCUGUGAUAACAUAGUCGAUGCUCGAAUAGUUGAUGUUAAUGGAAGAAUUUUUGAUAGAAAAUCAAUGGGUGAAGGUUUGUUUUGGGCCAUCAGAGGAGGAGGAGCAGCAAGCUUUGGUGUCAUAAUCUCAUGGCAAAUCAGGUUGGUUUCUGUUCCAUCAAUUGUAACUGUCUUCACAGUUAGGAGAUCAUUAGAAGAAGGAGCUACUAAACUUGUUCACAAGUGGCAACACAUAGCAGAUAAAUUACAUGAAGAUUUGUUCAUAAGAAUCAUCAUAUAUGUUCCAAGUGGAGAGACAAGCACGGUUAGAGCUUCAUUCAAUUCCUUGUUUCUUGGAAGUGCUAAAGAACUCUUUUCUUUGAUGAAGAACAGCUUUCCAGAAUUAGGAUUGGAGGCCAAGGACUGUAUUGAGAUGAGUUGGAUCAAUUCUACCCUCUACUUCGAUGGAUACCGCAAUGGAGAAUCCACGGCAGAUGUUCUACUAAACAGGACUUUUCAGUCCAAGAAUUUCUUUAAGGCCAAGUCUGAUUUUGUGAAGAAACCCAUUUCUGAAACAGGGCUGGAAGGGAUAUGGAAGUUAUUCCUUGAGGGAGAAGGUGCAGUCAUGGUGGUUGAUCCUCUUGGUGGGAAGAUGAGUGAAAUAUCAGAGUCUGAAACUCCAUUUCCACACAGAGCUGGUAAUCUGUAUAACAUUCAAUACAGGGUGGAAUGGCAAGAGGCAGGGGGUGGGAUAAGGGCUACAAAAAAACAAAAGAAAUGGAUGAGGAAGCUCCACAAGUACAUGACUCCUUAUGUCUCCAACUCUCCCAGGGCUGCAUACCUCAACUAUAGAGAUCUUGAUUUGGGUAGAAACAGAGAUGGCAAUACAAGCUACUCAAAAGCUAGAGUUUUGGGGAGAAAGUAUUUCAAGAGUAACUAUAAAAAAUUGGCACUUCUAAAGGGAAAGGCAGAUCCAGGUAACUUCUUUUGGGAUGAGCAAAGCAUUCCACCACUUAUCUCAACAGGGCAGGAGAAAGAUUGA